AUGAGAGUUUGUUUCAAAUUUCCGGGUCGUACGGAUGUGAAACGAUCCACACCCAUCGAUUUUUACACACACAAAACUCACGUGAAUUGUAUAGAUAUAUACAAGAAUCAUGAUUGUUUCAAGAGAGAAGAGGAGAGAGAUCGAUUGAUUCAUCGGUUUUUUUCUCUCGAAUCUCUCUUCCAUCAUCAAUCGAUCGAUCAUCCUGCUCAUCCCCGACUAUCGAUCCAUCUACCCUUUUUCCGUAAUCGCCGCUCAUGGGUUUGACGAAUCUAUUCAAUCGGAAGAAGAACAACGGUAAAGAUAAGUCCAUCGUUGAAGAAACAAACCCCUCGAAAACAACGCCGGUGGUAUCUCCUGUCAAUUCGUUUGACUCUCGUUUGCGGAUCGAGGAGGAAUUAGAGCAUGUGUUCAAGAAAUUCGAUGUAAAUGGCGACGGGAAGAUCUCGUCGUCGGAGCUGGGGUCGAUCAUGGGAAGCCUUGGUCACCGGCCGUCGGAUGAGGAAUUGGAUCGAAUGAUCGUGGAGGUGGACGCCGACGGCGAUGGGUUUAUUGAUUUGGGAGAGUUCAUCGAGUUGAACACGAAGGGGAUCGAUUCCUCGGAGUUGUUGGAGAAUCUGAAAAACGCGUUUUCGGUUUUUGAUAUUGAUAAAAACGGGGCGAUCACGGCGGAUGAGUUGCAGAACGUUUUGGGUAGUUUGGGGGAGGAGUGUACCAUCGGAGAGUGCCGGAAGAUGAUUGCCGGCGUCGACCAAGAUGGGGACGGGAAGAUCAGCUUUGAUGAAUUCAAGGUAAUGAUGAUGAUGGGAUCACGAUUCGGUGAGAUUGAAUCAAUAUCGAGUUGAGAAUUUACUGUGGGUAGUGAUCAUAAAUCAAUUGCGAAACAAAAAAGAUUUCCUUAAUUUGAAAAGAAAUCACUCAUCUUUCAUCUAUAUAUCUCUAUAUUCUUCA